UUUGUUGAAGGCAGUAUGCCGAUGAACAUAAUGAAAGUAAUGGUUUCUUUAUUCUUGCAGUAUGACGACGAGGAGGAGGAGGAAUACGUGGAGGAGGAAACGGAAGAAACAGUAGUGGAGACCAAAAAGGAGCCACCGCCACCCAAGCCGGCCCACCCACCUCCCCCGCCUGCCACUGUCCCUCCUCUCCGCAGGAAAUCUUCCGCCAACUACCGAGCCUAUGCGAUUGAUCCGCAUGAGAAGAGAAAAUCCAAGAUAACAGCUUCUCGGAAAUUACAACUCAAGGCACUGAUGCUCCAGGUGGCAAAGCAUGAAAUGGAAAAGGAGGAAGAAGAGCGUGCCCAGGAGAAAGAGCGAUACCUCUCUGACCACUGCAACCCUUUAGAACUAGCAGGACUCGGCCUCACAGAACUGCAGGAGAUGUGCCGGCAGCUCCAUGCGCAGAUUGGCAAGGUUGAUGAGGAGCGUUAUGACAUGGAGGCCCGAGUCAACAAGAGCAUCAAUGAGAUCCAGGAUUUGACCCAGAAGAUUUUUGACCUGCGAGGCAAGUUUAAGCGCCCGGCUCUCCGCCGUGUCCGGCUCUCUGCUGACGCCAUGAUGCAGGCCCUUCUAGGCUCCAAGCACAAAGUCUCCAUGGAUCUACGAGCCAAUCUCAAGCAGGUCAAAAAAGACGACACUGAGAAGGAGAAUCGGGAGGUCGGGGACUGGCGGAAGAACAUUGACGCUUUGAGCGGCAUGGAAGGCCGCAAGAAGAAAUUUGAGGCCUCCACAGGACAAGUUUGAGCAGUGUCCGAG